AACAGAUGAUACCAUUGGCAGAUGAGCAGCAGACUGGGACUUAUGAAGAACAAGAUAGUAUAAGUUUUAAGCAUCUUACCACCAAGACAUGUCCUUAAAUGAAGAAGAGCCAGAUACCCUUCAAAAUUUCCAACUUGGCAGAGGUUUUAUCCUCAACACAGAUGUGAUACAGGAGACUAUGGAAGUGGAUUUAGGCCUGGUACCAGCUUCCAGCUCUGUAGACAUCAGCUACCUUAGAAGGUCCAACAGCAUCCCUUUGGUCAAUGGAUUUGGUGAUAAUUCACAGGGAUUCCAAGUUGGCCCCACAAGAAUGAGAAGGAACAGCUCCCCAUUUCUGAAUCAGCAUGGUUUGGCGUUUCUACCUCCCCGCAGUCGUACAUCUGCCAACCGGAUUUUCCAAAUCAAACAGGAAGAAGGGAUGGAUAUAGCAAGCAGAGAAGCAAUGCAUGAGCGGGACAUGCAUACUGCAAUGCAGAUAAGUCAGAGUUGGGAAGAAUGUCUAAAUUUGAAUGACGGUAACACCGUGAAGUCAUCCACUAUGAGGAAGAUCAACCUAAAUCCAUUUUCCCCAGUGACUUCUCACCCCAGAAAACCUAGGAAGAAAACGGCUGUAAACUUGAAAAGCUGA